UUCAGCCGCAGAAGCUGAAGUCACUCACUGUACAUGUUCGUGUUGUGAUCGUGGAGUCGUGAACUGAUAGUGUACGCUUGAGCAACUUGUUACCGUAGAAUUGGGUUGUGUGACACUGUUUUGUUUUGAUUUCUUUUUGUCCUGAAUAGAUAGUUGUCAGUAAUCGGUUUUUGUAAAUUUUGUAUUUUAAAUUUAUAAAAUGGAUCAAACAAUUCAGAUUAUAAAGCUGACAUGAUUAGUUUUAUCUCUUUUUGGGAAAGUUAUCAAUUUUAUUGUUUUUAAGUGUCACUAAUGAUAAGAGUUAGUCAGUAUUAAAUAGCUGUGAUUCUGCCAUCUACGUUUUUACAUUAGGCCUAUUAUAUUGAGAAAUUGUAUUCUAAAAUGACGGAGAAGAAAGUGGGGAAUGAUUCCAAGAUUAUUGGUUAUUGGAUGUCAGAGAAGAAGAGUCAAAAAUUGAAGUGGACUGAAUUUGCUGGUGUAUGCAGGAAACACGGAUUCAGUUUGGUGAAGAUGAACCUGGACAAACCCCUAGAAAACAAGGCAUUUACAGUGAUCCUGCACCAUAUGUGCACACCUCUGUUUUUUAUUGGCCACGGAUCAAAAGAAUGUCAUAAGAUGAUGAUCAUCUUCAAUGAGUCAGGGCUAGCAGAUUGCAAACCCCCCUGUGUUGCUCAGACGUUUGUCAACCACAACGCUGUGCUGUUCAAGAUCUAUGUGGUUGGUGAUAAGUACAGGGUCGUUGAAAGGCCUUCACUCAAGAACUUCUAUGCAUCGAAUCAAGCCAGUAUCCACUUUGAUAGCCAUGAUGUGUCCAAACCUGACUCCACUUCCAGCCUGACCAUCCUAGACCCUGAAGACAUGGAACAGAGUAUGACCAGUGUGUCUACUGAUCCUACGAAGUUGGCUGCCAUCGUAGAAAUAGUGACGGAACGGCUGGGCAUGUCUCUACUGGGAAUCGAUGUGGUCGUAGAGAACUCAACAGGCCGACACGCCAUCAUUGAUGUCAACUCAUACCCAAGUUACGAUGGAUAUCCAAAGUUCUUUGACAGUCUAAUGGAUUGCAUUCUGGAGAGGACUGCUGAUCAUAAAAGAACCAAACAACAAUCAAUACAGAAGAAUCUGAGUGAGAAGCGUGAGAGCGUAGGAGGCAAGGUGGAUCAGGAGGACUCUGGGUUUGAUACAAGUGACUCCAGUGAUGAAAAGAAGCGAAAGCAAAGGCUGCGCUGUACUAUUGGUGGUGGCAGUCAGACAUCAGCCAAUCAGGUUAUGAGCAAGAAACAUCUAGAGCGUCAACACUAGCCUCAGGGUAACUCCUACCGUCUGUGCCUGUCUACUUCCUAUUGCUUCUUUAACUACCGUUUUGGACGGAGGUCUCAUUAAAAGUGAUCAAAAUUGAAGAAUUUUCAUGAUUCAGUCCAUUAAAACGUGGUGAAAGUCAUUUAAUAACUUUUUGCCAUGUUGAUUUUUGCAAUAAAAGAAAUCAAGGGUU